UCACAUUUCAGGCAAUCAUAUUAAGGUCUGAAGCGACCCUUCUCAAAGCCAGAAAUAUAUACCAACUGAGGUAUGGAUUCUCCAACAUAGAAUUCUGGCACUGAUGAGGAAUGCCUGGAUGCAUCUUGUCAAGGAUGUUUCUGGAGAAGAUAAAUUGGAGAAGUUCCGCAAACAUUCUUUGGGCAAAAGAUGGCACUGCCUGGAGAACUUCACUGCUGAAGCUGGUGUUGCUUGAACUGAUACCAAUUUUAGAUGGAAAUGUCCUGUUCUACUUGUGCAAAAUGUCAAUUCCUUUGUCUUUUGAUUCACUUAUGGUCCGGCCAGUGGCACGCUGGACUUUCAUGCACGUAGUCAAGUACUGCGUCAGCACUGGGGUUCUAGCCUAAACGUGGAUAUGGAUUGAAGGGAAUGACUCCCACCGCAAGAAACCAUGCAUGAAUGCAGUUGUACCGGAAGAAGGGCAUUUGUACGUGCAUGAAUGCACUAGAGAAUGCCGGAAAAGCCUGGAAUUUGAUGUCAAGAAAAACUUGCACAUACCUUCUUUUUCCUAUGGGAUCAAGUAUACCGGAAGAAGGGCAUUUGCGCAUGCAUGAAUGCACUAGAUAAUGCAGGAAAAGCCUGGAAUUUCCCCUGCUCUGUUCACCAUGAGGAGACCACUGGAACUAUUGUUUCUGUUUGCUGGGACGAAUUUGUUCGCUAGAAAGGUGUCUGGGCAAAUGACAAGGUGGUUCUCAACUAAAUAUCUCUCAGCGGA